CUGAAACACUUCAAACCUCAACCAAUCAAAGGCAUUCACAUCGAGCAAGGUCACAGUUUGAGUGUUAAUUGCAAUAUUCCUUAUGGAGUACCAUCACCCACUGUAUUCUGGUUAUAUCGCGAUAAAGUGCAAACGAACAUUAUCGAAACCAUUCGAAGACCUCAUAUCGCCGUUGAUCCAGAAGGAACAUUACAUUUCACCGAAGUAUCUGAACACGAUGGACGAAAGAAUCUGAUAUAUCAGUGUGCUGCAACCUCACCUGUACUGCAUGGAGAGUAUCGAGCUGGAGAUGAGAUUGAAUUGAUCGUUACCCCUUCUGUUUCUGACAGAGGUGUAGCCGCUCAUAAGCUAUGGUUCAGUCCUGAACAGAUUGCAGUAAAGGCUGGUACGAGACUGAAGCUGAUGUGUAUUUUUGGUGGAAGACCAUUACCAACGGUAACGUGGAGUAAGAUCGACGGAGAUUUACCGGUGAAACGAAUGAAAGAUUUGACUUCAUCGGAAUCCGAUUUCGGUAAAUCGUUGAUCGUGGAUAGUAUACAUCCGGAUGAUGCGGGCAUUUAUGAGUGCAGAUCGCAACAUUUAGUGCAUCAAAUGCACGUGAAUAUUACAGCAGCACCUUACUGGGAGUUGGAGGCACCCGCAGAUGUUGACCUGCCUGAGGAAACUACGGCUGAGCUGAGGUGUUUCGCUUCUGGUAGUCCGAAACCGUUCAUACAGUGGUUUAUGAAUGGAAUUCCUUUACACGAAGUGCCCGAUAAUGGUCGCAGAUUGAUUCUGGAUGGCGGUCGUAUAUUGAGGAUAAUCAAUCUGGAUCAUGACGUCGACACGGCAGUAUACCAGUGCAAUGCAUCCAAUCCUCUUGGGUACAUCUUCGCGAAUGCUUUCGUUAAUGUCAGAGCGCACGCUCCUCGUUUCCUGAUGCCCAAUCAUCGAAUCUGGAAAGUGGUUCGGAAAACCACCGUUGAAAUGUCUUGUGAGGUUGAUGCUGCACCGAAAGCUGCAGUAAGAUGGGUUGAUGAGAAUGAUCAGGCCAUUGCUAUCAUUCCUGGAAAGAUGCAGUUAUUCCCGAAUCACACCCUACGAAUAACCCAAGUGAAUUCAGCGGAUGAAGGUCUUUACUACUGUAAUGUUUCGAAUAAAUACGGCAUCAAUCGAGCUUAUAACAAGCUGGAAGUAUUUAAUCCAACACAUUUCGUAAAGGUACCAACACCAAAAAAACAAAUCGUCGAAGCACACGAAUCAUUCGCACUGAAUUGUGAGGCAGUUUCGGAUAGUCGUUUAUCAAUAGAGUACACCUGGACUCAUAAUGGUGUACCGAUCAACGAUACCGAACAUUCGAAGAUCACAAAUACAACGUUAGUUUUGAAAGAUGUUCGUGGAUGGCAUUCUGGUGCUAUCGAUUGUGUCGUUGUCACUGAUGUAGACGUCAAAAUGUCUGGCAUUCAACUUGUUGUGCUCGUUUUGAAAGAUGUUCGUGGAUGGCAUUCUGGUGCUAUCGAUUGUGUUGUCGUCACUGAUGUAGACGUCAAAAUGUCUGGCAUUCAACUUGUUGUGCUUGAUGUACCAGCAGCACCAAUCGUAUCCGAGGUGGACUGCAAUGAGCGUCGCGCAAUGAUCAGAUGGCAGCGCUCUAGUGANCCCUUCAUCGGUCAGAACAUAUAUAUCGACUACGAUGAUAAGAAUCAUUUCCAGGGGAAAUGGCAAACUGUGGUUGAAGAGGAGAAUACAUCGACAGACUUUUAUCAAGCUGACAUCACACUUUCACCUUGGGUGAAUUACACAUUUCGAGUGAUCGCCAGAAAUUCGCACGGUGAAAGUGAGCCGGGGUAUUUGGACGAUGUGAAGUGCGAAACGAAGCAAUCGUUUCCGUACAUUAAUCCGCGAGAUGUGGUGGUCGAAGGGACUGAACCGAACAAUUUGGUGAUUCGUUGGAAACCAAUGGAGAAAUACGAGUGGAAUGCACCGAAUCUGCAAUAUCGCGUCAGAUAUCGACUUAAUGAACCUGGUACAGAUUGGAAAGAAACACUAAUCGAGGAUCCACUUGCGAAUCAUACAGUGAUCAGAGAUCAACCAACGUUUCGUGAGUAUGCAGUUCAAGUGGAGGCACUCAAUCGGAUUGGCAAAUCAAUUAUUGAACCGGUCACCUUUUAUGGUUUUUCUGGGGAGGAUGUGCCCCUCGAAUCACCGGAUCAGUUCAAUAUCGUCGAGUUUUUAAAUUGUUCUACUGUCACUAUCGGUUGGACACCAAUUAAUCCGGAUACCGUUAGGGGGCACUUCAGAGGCUAUGAGAUAGAAUAUUACGAGACCGAUAAGCCGUUCAUGGUUGAGAAGAUACUAGUGGAUAACAGCAGCAAUCAGGUGAUUUUGAACGAUCUGGAAGCGAUCAGCAAUUAUACGGCACGAAUAUUCACUGUUAAUAAUCGUUAUCGAAGUGAAUCGCAAUCUGUAAUCUCAUUCUGUACGCCUGAAGGAUGUAAGUACUAUUCCGUUCCAGAUUUGUUGAUUCGUUUACCGUGA